AUGGACGUGCCGAUAGCGGUCGGACUGGGGCUGGUGGCGAGCUUUGUACAGAGUCUCGGCCUCACAGUACAGCGGCGCUCGCAUAUACAUAACGAGGCGCUUCCGGAGGAGGAGCGCAAGUCCGAAUGGAGCCGGCCGCUCUGGGUUGCGGGGUUCGUCGUGUUCCUUGCGGCCAACAUUAGCGGCACGAUCUUUCAGAUCGGCACGCUCCCCGUCGUAAUCUUGGCACCGCUAGGGGCAGUUAGUCUGCUGUACAAUGCGCUGCUCGCGCGCGUGCUUCUCAACGACUUUUUGUCGCGGCACAUGGCCAUGGGCUCGACGCUCAUUGCCGUCGGCGCGCUGCUCAUUGCCUACUUUGGCUCGGUACCAGAGGAGCCACGGUCGCUCAAGGAGCUUCUUGAUUUGUACGAGCGGCCGUCGUUUGUCGCAUUCGCGAUGCUCUACCUUCUCGUCUUUGUCUCGGUGCUGACCAUGGCGCACCUCACCGAGUGGCAGCUGCUCUGGCAGCCGCAGUGCGCGCCACGAAAAGGGCGUUCUUCCCGCCGGCGCUGGCGGGGCCUUGGAGGGCGCCGCUGGCCCGCGCCGUCGCUCGCGACCGUCGCCGAGGUCUCGGAAAACUCGUCGGGCAUCGCUACGCCGAUGCAGCGGGGCGCCGAGGACGACCGCACGCCGCUGCUCGUCGACGCGCUGCUCAACAAGGACAGCGCAAGCAAGCGUGUGCACGGCACGCUUGCACAAACGCCGAGCACCUCGGCACAGCCCGAGCCGCACGCGCCGUCGUACGGAGCGCUGGGCAACGGGCACCCCAGCGUGCCGAACCGCCGUGGAGCGCCCAUGCCUCCGCUCGUCGCGGAUGUCGAGGCGGCUAUGCCCCGCACGUCGGCGCUCGAACUGCCCGCGAACCGCCCGACGGUCCUCGCGCUGGCCGUCGCGUACAGUGCGACGAGCGGCACGCUCAGCGGCGUGUGCCUGCUGCUUGCCAAAAGCGGCGUGGACCUGCUGGUGCUGUCGCUGCGCGGCAACAACCAGCUCGCGAGUCCCAUGAGCUGGUUCCUGGUCGUGAUCCUCUUGACUGCCGCCCUGCUCCAACUAUGGUACUUGAACAAGAGCCUAAAACUCGCCGAUCCGGUGCUGGUCUGCCCCCUGGCAUUUUGCUUCUACAAUAUCUCGUCGAUCACGUUGGGGCUGGUGUACUUUAACGAGCUUGCGAUUCUCUCGUGGCUCGAUGUGUUCUGCGUGUGCUUCGGCACGGGCCUGCUGCUGUGCGGCGUAUGGGUCAUCUCUUUGCACCACAGCAUGGACGAAAAAGAAGAGGUCGAGAGCGCCUCGGACAUUACGCUCUGGGGCCCGGGGUGGCACGACCCCGCCGCGUGGCACGACCACGACGCCUUGUCGCGCGGCGCCGCGACGUCGCCGCUCGCCGGACCCCUCUACUCGGCCGCGGUCGAGGACGAGCAUACGCGCACCACGCACUCGCCAGAGCCGGUCGAGGCCGAGGCCGAGGCCGGGCCGUCCUUGUACGCGACGCCACCGCGCCUCACGCGCGAUGCGCCCCUCGCCCCCCACCUCGCGCCGCGGCACGGGCGCAGCACGUCUAUGCCGGUGCCGCCGAACAAGCCGACCAUCUCUCUCGACCACGCGCUGACACAAGGCAUGCACACUAGCGAUCGGGCGCACAUGAACCCCGCGCGCCGUCCGACGCUCUAUGGCAUCCUGGUGGAACGUGGCCUGAGCAUCGGCCUGAGCCCCAGCUCGCCUGGUUUCCACGUAUCCCCCCGUCGUGCCGCGAGCGCCGCGCACGCGUCGCCCAGUACGCCUCGUCCGCGCCGGUUCAGUGAUAGUCAUGGAGAUGCGUAG